UCUCUCUCUCUCUCUCUCUCUCUCUCGGUGAUUGCUUUUAGGGAGAUGACUUCCAACGUUAGGAGAAAGAAUAAGCAAUCUCUGAUUAUGUCACUUCCCGAAGACGUCAUCUUUGACAUCUUAGCGCGUGUACCAAGGUGCGAGUAUCCGACACUCUCCCUCGUUUCCAAGCAGCUCCGAUCACUUGUCACGUCACCUGAGAUAUACGUGAGACGAUCCUUGUUGCGAGUCACCGAACCGUGCUUCUACGCUCUCUUUUAUGAUUCACGAUCCCGUAACUGCCGUUGGCAUAUUAUCCACCGGAAGGCCAACGGCAAUCGCUGCUUGGUCCUUAUCCAGUCGCUUCCGCCUAUGAAUAAUGUUGCAUGCUUUGUCGCGGUGGACUCUAGAAUAUAUGUGUUUGGUGGGUAUGAUGAUCAUACAAAAUAUUAUGCUUUAAGCAUCGACUGUAGAUUUCACACUGUGGAACACCUCCCUAAAAUGCCUGUGCCCAUGUCUAAUACAAUCGCCGACAUCAUCGAUGGGAGAAUCUACGUAAUUGGAGACCACUACUACGACAAGUCGAAGAAGGUGAUGUUGGUGUUUAAUACAGAAACACAACUGUGGGAACUUGGUACGAUAAAGCCAAACAUUGAGUUCGGUUACUCGCCCCCUAGUAGUUGUGUGGCGAUGGCUGAUAAGAUGUACAUUAACGAUUAUCAUAAAAGCUAUGUUUACGAGCCAAAGAAGAGUAAAUGGGAAAAGGAAGAGAUGCUGAGUUCUAACAAGUGGAGAAAUGCCUGCGUGGUUGAUAACAUAUUGUACUAUUACGAUUAUUUUCGUGGGCACAAGUUAAGAACGUAUGAUUCAAAGCAGAGGUACUGGGGAACGGUGAAAGGUUUGGAUUUGGAAGAGUUGGUGCCUAAAAGAAAUCCACAUUGGAUAGACACUGUGAGAAGUUACAGUGGGAAACUGGCUUUGAUUUUUACUUACGAAGGCCGGACACCAUAUUACCUCUGGAGUGCGGAGAUUUCGCUAGAAAGACGUCAAGGAGGAGAGAUUUUGGGUAAAGUUGAGUGGUGUGAUGAGGUUCCAGUUGCUGAUAAUUUAUUACAAGUGAUGAGAUUUCUAGCUGUUAUGGUUUGAUGCAUGAAUCUUUUUUUUUGU